AUGAACAGCGCGCCCGCUUUGCUUCGCAGCGGCUGCAUCCUCGAUGAGGCAAGGGCCCCAACUGUGGAUGCUGAUCAUCUUGGCGCUUUCUGCUUCUCCGGCCGUCUCGAGGCGAGAUUGACGCUGGGGGUCCGUCAUGCAUCACUCUCACCGAACGCCCUGCACAUGUCCCUUGCCCAAACACCACCGGCCAGAGCGCAACCACGGUUCUUUUCGACCAUUCCGUUCUAUCCCCGGGGCCGUAGUAUGGAGAACAAAGAGGCGGCUGCCAUCACUUACGUAGCAUACACAAAGUACCGGCGCAUUGCUCUGUUCAUCCUACUCCGAAGGCUGCCACCACGGGGACAAGCCUUGUCAGAAGGGCGGGCCGAGAUGCUCGGUCACUCCGAGAUCCUCCCAGCUCGACCCCAUAGCAAGUUGGGGCAAUAG